AUGUUAUUGUCUAAGGCUUCCAGAGGAGGUUCAAUCCCCCCACACCGUACCAGAGGAGGAUCAAUCCCCCCACACCGUACCAGAGGAUCAAUCCCCCCCACACCGUACCAGAAUAUCAAUCCCCCCCACACCGUACCAGAGGAGGAUCAAUCCCCCACACCGUACCAGAGGAGGAUCAAUCGCCCCACACCGUACCAGAGGAUCAAUCCCCCAUACCGUACCAGAGGAGGAUCAAUCCCCCACACUAUACCAGAGGAGGUUCAAUCCCCCACACCGUACCAGAGGAGGAUCAAUCCCCCACACCGUACCAGAGGAGGUUCAAUCCCCCACACCGUACCAGAGGAGGAUCAAUCCCCCCACACCGUACCAGAGGAGGUUCAAUCCCCCCACACCGUACCAGAGGAGGAUCAAUCCCCCCACACCGUACCAGAGGAGGUUCAAUCCCCCACACCGUACCAGAGGAGGUUCAAUCCCCCCACACCGUACCAGAGGAGGAUCAAUCCCCCCACACCGUACCAGAGGAGGUUCAAUCCCCCCACACCGUACCAGAAGAGGAUCAAUCCCCCACACCGUACCAGAGGAGGUUCAAUCCCCCCACCGUACCAGAGGAGGUUCAAUCCCCCCACACCGUACCAGAGGAGGUUCAAUCCCCCCACACCGUACCAGAGGAGGAUCAAUCCCCCCACACCGUACCAGAGGAGGUUCAAUCCCCCCACACCGUACCAGAGGAGGUUCAAUCCCCACACCGUACCAGAGGAGGAUCAAUCCCCCACACCGUACCAGAGGAGGUUCAAUCCCCCACACCGUACCAGAGGAGGUUCAAUCCCCCCACACCGUACCAGAGGAGGAUCAAUCCCCCCACACCAUACCAGAGGAGGUUCAAUCCCCCCACACCGUACCAGAGGAUCAAAACCCCCCACACCGUACCAGAGGAGGAUCAAUCCCCCACACCGUACCAGAGGAGGAUCAAUCCCCCACACCGUACCAGAGGAGGUUCAAUCCCCCACACUGUACCAGAGGAGGUUCAAUACCCCCACACCGUACCAGAGGAUCAAUCCCCCCACACUGUACCAGAGGAGGUUCAAUCCCCCACACCGUACCAGAGGAGGUUCAAUUCCCCCACACUAUACCAGAGGAGGUUCAAUACCCCACACCGUACCAGAGGAGGAUCAAUCCCCCCACACCAUACCAGAGGAGGUUCAAUCCCCCCACACCGUACCAGAGGAGGAUCAAUCCCCCACACCGUACCAGAGGAGGAUCAAUCCCCCACACCAUACCAGAGGAGGUUCAAUCCCCCCACACCGUACCAGAGGAGGUUCAAUCCCCCCACACCGUACCAGAGGAGGAUCAAUCCCCCACACCGUACCAGAGGAGGUUCAAUCCCCCCACACCGUACCAGAGGAGGAUCAAUCCCCCACACCGUACCAGAGGAGGUUCAAUCCCCCACACCGUACCAGAGGAGGUUCAAUCCCCCCACACCGUACCAGAGGAGGAUCAAUCCCCCCACACCAUACCAGAGGAGGUUCAAUCCCCCACACCGUACCAGAGGAUCAAAACCCCCACACCGUACCAGAGGAGGAUCAAUCCCCCCACACCGUACCAGAGGAGGAUCAAUCCCCCCACACCGUACCAGAGGAGGUUCAAUCCCCCCACACUGUACCAGAGGAGGUUCAAUACCCCCACACCGUACCAGAGGAUCAAUCCCCCACACUGUACCAGAGGAGGUUCAAUCCCCCCACACCGUACCAGAGGAGGUUCAAUUCCCCCACACUAUACCAGAGGAGGUUCAAUACCCCCACACCGUACCAGAGGAUCAAUCCCCCCACACCGUACCAGAGGAGGAUCAAUCCCCCCACACCGUACCAGAGGAGGAUCAAUCCCCCCACACCGUACCAGAGGAGGUUCAAUCCCCCCACACUAUACCAGAUGAGCAUCAAUACCCCCACACCGUACCAGAGGAUCAAUCCCCCCCCACACUAUACCAGAGGAGGAUCAAUCCCCGCACACUGUACCAGAGGAGGUUCAAUCCCCUCACACCGUACCAGAGGAGGUUCAAUCCCCUCACACCGUACCAGAGGAGGUUCAAUCCCCCCCACACCAUACCAGAGGAGGUUCAAUCCCCCCAUUUGGUUUUAA